AUGGGUGAUGGUUGUUGUAGACUGGUGCUAUGUGUGGGUGGAGAAACCGGUGCGGGAGUGGCAGGUGUUGUUGUUGCUGAAGGGGUGGCAGAGGUAGCGGAGACGUUGAUGGUGACUCUAGCCGGGACGGUAGUGGAGAUGGAGAUGGGGUUGGCGGUGGUGCAUAGGCCGUACGCUGCCUACGGUACUUCAACAACUUUAUGGAAUCCGGUGAUGAAUUGA